AUGUCCGGGACUCAGCCCGAGGAUGCUUCGCCUCCGUGCAGGAACUGGACAUCCUCUCCAGAGCUGAACGAAACGAGGGAGCCUUUUUUAACUCCAUCCGCCGAUUACGACGAUGAGGAGUUCCUGCGCUACCUCUGGAAGGAGUAUUUGCAUCCCAAGGAAUACGAAUGGGCGCUGAUCGCCGGAUACAUCGUCGUGUUCAUCGUGGCUCUCGUCGGGAACGUGCUGGUUUGUAUUGCAGUGUGGAAGAAUCAUCACAUGCGAACAGUCACCAACUAUUUCAUAGUGAAUCUAUCUCUGGCUGACAUUCUGGUCACAAUUACUUGUCUUCCAGCAACUUUAGUGGUGGACAUCACAGAAACUUGGUUCUUUGGGCAACACCUCUGCAAAGCAAUUCCCUACUUACAGACAGUUUCAGUCUCUGUGUCUGUACUAACACUUAGCUGCAUUGCUUUGGAUCGAUGGUAUGCAAUUUGUCACCCUUUGAUGUUUAAAAGCACAGCCAAGCGUGCAAGGAACAGCAUUAUAAUUAUCUGGAUUGUGUCCUGCAUCAUAAUGAUUCCUCAGGCUAUUGUUAUGGAGUGCAGCAGCGUGUUCCCAGGAUUAGCCAAUAAAACCACCUUAUUCACAGUAUGUGAUGAACACUGGGGAGCUGAGGUUUACCCCAAAAUGUAUCACACGUGCUUUUUCCUGGUGACAUACAUGGCACCACUGUGUCUUAUGGUGUUGGCCUACUUGCAAAUAUUUCGAAAGCUGUGGUGUCGCCAGAUCCCUGGAACUUCUUCUGUUGUUCAGAAAAAAUGGAAGUCUCUGCAGUCCUCAGCACAGCAACGAGGGCUGGGACAGUCAACAAAGUCAAAGAUCAGUGCUGUGGCAGCUGAAAUAAAACAGAUUCGUGCAAGAAGGAAAACAGCACGUAUGCUAAUGGUUGUCCUCCUGGUUUUUGCACUUUGCUAUCUGCCAAUUAGCAUCCUCAAUAUCUUGAAAAGGGUUUUUGGGAUGUUUAAUCAUGCUGAUGACAGAGAAACCGUGUAUGCCUGGUUCACGUUCUCACACUGGCUUGUAUAUGCAAACAGUGCAGCCAAUCCUAUUAUUUAUAACUUCCUCAGUGGGAAGUUCAGAGAAGAAUUUAAAGCAGCGUUUUCUUGUUGCGUCUUUGGUAUUCACAGUCACCAUGAUGAACGACUCACAAGAGGUCGUGCCAGCACAGAGAGUCGAAAAUCUCUGACCACCCAAAUCAGCAAUUUUGACAAUGUUUCAAAACAUUCAGAACAUGUUGUACUGACCAACAUAAACACACUUACGGCAAAUGGUAUUACAGCUACAUUCAGCCCUUUGAAGUCAAUGGAACUGCAUCUCCACAUACCAGGGGUGAACGUGUCUUCAAAUUUAGAUGAAGCAGUGAGAAUUUCUGCAGGAUGCACUGGCAACACAGAGAAUGCAGAAUGGGAUAAAUUUGUCCCUAGUGUAACUAAAUUUACCUCAAUGGAAUUGCAGCAAGGAUGACUUUGGCUCAAAACAGCUGAGAAUGGCAUUUGUUUUUAGCUGUGUUACAGACUAGAACAACUGGACAAAAGGAUUCCUGCAAAACGACUGCCUCUUCUACUUCUUCUCAGUCUUAUGGAAACCUACUUACCUCAGUACGAGCUAAGCAACAUGUCUUUACAAGUCUUUUUAAAGAGUGGAUUGUAUCAUACUUUGUAAAUACUGUAGAUAUUUAUUUUUAUAUAUUUUAGAUGCUGUGGAAUGUUCUAAAAUGUACUAUAUAAAGAACUCUA